GCUAAACUCGCUGAACUAUUUUUACUAGAAUCUUAACAGAACUGUUUAAGAGUUCGUGUGAAGUGAUGAAUUUACUUCCCAAAACAGCCACCGAAUUCGGUACGACCGAGUAUUGGAACAAUUUUUUCAAGAAACGCGGUAAAAAGGCUUUCGAAUGGUACGGUGAAUAUCCGGAACUAUGUGGCCAACUGCACAAGUACGUCAAAUCAAAGGACGAAAUUCUGAUUGUUGGAUGCGGAAACUCUACGCUAAGUCAAGACUUAUAUGAUGUUGGUUUCAAACAGAUAACCAACAUCGACAUAUCGCAGGUCGUCAUCAAGCAGAUGCAAGAAGCAAACAAACUGCAACGUCCGGAAAUGCUGUGGUUCCAUAUGGAUGCCACGGCGAUGAAUUUCUCCGACGGAAAAUAUUCCGUCGUGUUGGACAAAGGUACACUGGACGCGCUCUUCACGGAUGAAUCGGAAGCCACGAUAAGCACCAUUCGAAAGUACUUUUCCGAGCUAUCGCGUGUAUUGCGCGUUGGUGGACGCUACGUUUGCAUUUCGCUGCUACAGGAACAUAUCCUGAGAGAAUUGUUGAACUAUUUUCCUCAGAACGAAUUUGUGUUUCGAGUGAUUCGCUGUUUAGAAGCCGAGCAAAAAACUGCGGAAGCAAAUGGGGACGAAUCUUCUAUGCCAGUUUUCGUUGUGGUAGCCACAAAGUUUAAAAAGUUACCUCUGAAGGUGCUGGAACUAUGUAUGGCAGGUGAAGAAAUUCAGCGAGUUCAAACCGCGGAAGAGAUUACUCUAUCCAUAUUAGCAGCUCAAAAGGCGGCAAUGGUUUGCAAUGGACUGGCUCGAGGAAGCAUUGCAGGGUUUAACGAAGUGUGCCUCGAUCUGCAUAAACCGGGACAAAACACUGCUCGAUAUACGAUACAUGUGCUGGAUCAAAAACCAGUACGCGGUAACGGAAAAUAUGCAGCGUUCAUAGUUCCUCAAGGACGCGAAACGGAAUGGUUGUUUUCAACCCCGAAGGGCCGUCACAAGUUACUCGCGUCGGCUGGUCACGAUCGGUUGGCGAUUGUCUCGACGCACCGAGGACAGACCUACAAUAGUUUGGACUCCGUUAAAGAGGAGCUGACCGAAAGUGUAAAGUCACUUGCACCGGCCGGACUGCGAGCGCAGAUUCCGUACCUUUCGCUGGGGUCAGAUGUAGGUCAACGGGAGACGAUAUUUAGUGGUCAUAGUGCCAUGUCGGGAAAUUACAUCGUGGAAGAGGUGCUCGGCAAUGACCAGCGCAUCUUUCGGAGGUUGGUUUUCCUCAAUAAUCAGUUCGUGGUGCAAUCGGAAGCAGCGGUUAAAGUUAGAAAGUUUAAGGGAAAGCUGGAAAAGGUGAUCGAUCCGGGCCACUUGGCGUGUCAACAUCAUUUGUAUAUGACAAUCGGUGUACAAUUGGCGACCAAUUUGGAAAGCGGGACAACCGCAUCAAACGAUGUGCUUAUUGUUGGUCUAGGCGGUGGGGGAUUGUGCACUUUUAUGCGGCAGUGUCUCAAGUCCAUCAACCUGGUGGCAGUUGAGAUUGAUCCGGAAAUGCUAUCAGUCGCUACUCAAUAUUUUGGUUUGAAACUAGACGAACGAUUAAAAGUGGAAAUCAAAGAUGGAAUAGAUUACCUAGCAGAAUCGGCACAAAACGUUAAUAGCCAGUGGCGAGUUAUACUAUUCGAUGUGGACAGUAAAGAUUCCAGCCAGGGAAUGAGCUGCCCACCGGCAGCUUUCGUUGAGCCAAUUGUUUUGGGAAAUGUUAAUAAGCUACUGAGAGGCACGGGGAUGUUUAUUCUAAAUUUGGUCUGUCGAGAUGAUGCUUUGCGCCAAGACACGGUGGAAAAAUUAAAAACGGUAUUCAAGUAUGUUUUAUCAUACAAAUUGGAAGAAGAUGUUAAUGAAAUUUUCUACUGCUCCGAUAGCGCAGCUCUUGACUGCGCUGAUAAAUGGCAGAAAGCAAUGAAACAAUCAGCAACCGAUUUGAAUGGUUUGGCCAAAAAAGCUAAACUCAGUCGAGAUGACUUGGUCGAUUUAGAAGAAUUCGUUCGGGGGUUAAAACUUUGAAUAAAAUCGAUUA